GGAAACUAAAUGAUGUGUGUCCAUCGUGAAGGGAGUGGCGGGAACUGCUUCGAGCGGGAGGCGCGCGCUGGUUCUCAUGAUCUCACACACAGACAGAAGAUACUUACAUCACAUUCAACGGAAAGCGCGUGCGAACCGUUUGCUAAACUUUUCUUUUCGAGAUAAAGUAUGCCAUUUGUGACUUACGACUAACCGUUUUACCUCGUUUCAGGUAAUGUGCGGUUUUAUUCAGUUUCGAGGCUUUUAAAUACAUAUUCAUCAUCACUUGACGUAGCUGACAGAGCUGACCUGAAGAUGAAUCUGUUGAAAAUCGUUUGCUCCAACAUUAUUGUACUCAUCCAUCACUGCAUGGAAAAAGUGGAAAGCAAAAGCAAAUACCCGCUUACGCAUGAUGACUUUUACCCUGAGUAUGUGGCAGAUCGCCAGCCAUGGUUCAGUGCACACAGGCUCUGUCUCCAGCGUUCAGGGACCCUAGCGGUGGUGUCCAGUACCGAAGAGAUUCAAAGGCUGAACAGUUUUCUACAGUCCCUGAAUAUCACUCAACCUGUAUGGAUUGAAAGUGCAGGCAUGUUUCAAAAAAUUGGUCCUCCAGAUGUAUACAUGCUGGAAUUUCCAGUGCGGCCACACCGGAAAUCGGCUCGCCUCCGCCAUAAGUUCCCUAAUAUGGAAGCGCUAACGGUUUGCGCUCACCUCCAGCUUGAUCCAACUUGCCAUGGACUUUCCACAGUCUUUUCGUAUGCCAUAAGGUCAUUCAUUAAAGAAUUCCAACUCCAAGCACGAAUCACAGGGAAUGAACCCGUCCAGCUUGCAUUGCUGGUGCAUGGUUCAAACACCACCUACGUAACAGGCUUUCCCAAUGAUGCCUCCUGGCACUUUGUAUGUGCAAGCUUGGUUGCGAAUAGUGGGAAGUGGGGCAUCUGGGUGGAUGGAAUGGUGGUGGGUUCUGGGAACUCCCUCAACACAUCAAAUUACAUAGGAGGCGAUGGCCUUUUCAUGAUCGGACAAGACCAGGAGCCCUACGGAGGUUACAAUGGCGACAAGGCGCUUUGUGGGAAUGUUACGCAGUUGUACAUGUGGGAUCGUUUGUUGGUCGACACUGAAAUCCAAAGCAUGGAAAAAGUUUGUUCACCUGUUCCUUCUGGCUUGUUCUUCAAGUGGAAUAAGUCAGCACUGGAAAUAGAGACGUCACUACAAACACGCAGAAGGAACUCACCGUGUAAAGGUUCCAAAAGCCAACCACCAGACCAACGUAUCUCUGGCUUGCAUCCCAAUUUUUCCUUCCACACGUCUAACAAGGCCUGUGUAACCUUAGACCCUGCAAGUGGGAAACUGAUUAAUGACUCAUGUUGGACGCAAAGAGGAAGUGUUUGCCUAUUCCCAAAAGAGCAGCUUGACUUCUUAGGUUUUCCUGGGACCUUGUUCUUCUCACAAGUCAGCAAUGAGUUUCAUUCCAAACCUAAUACAGAGAAUACAAAUGUAACCUUGUUCUCGGAGAAUGACCUGACUCGUCAUAUUUACCUCUUGAGUGCCAUAUUGAGAAUUAUGGACAGCAACGCAGACAUCAUUACACAUUCUGAUCUCCUGUACCUCACCGAAACCAUCGAGAAGGCCACUCAACUCAAUAAAAUAGAUGUUCCCACUGAGGUCUUCAUAUCCAUGAUCCGCAGUUGCUUGGAACUAGUCAGCAGGCUCAUCGACUCUGAUAUGGCCAAACUAUGGGAGGAUUUGAGAGAUCGUUGGAAUUACCUUGGACCAUUGACAAUGGUAGAGAACAUUGACAAGCUGUUGUGGACGUUGGCGGAUGAGCUUUGGGCCGAGCGCAAAAGCUUCACAAUGUCAACAAAGAACAUGGAUAUUCACCUGGAGCCACGAGGGCUGGCGCAGAUGAGCUGCAGUUGUGUGUUCAAGCCCUCGCUCCAUGGCAGUCAGUUCGGCAGCCAUGAUGAGAUCCUCAUACCUGAGUCAGAAAUGCAGAGAGUCUUUUUAUUGGGCCACAAGGAAGUGAUGGUUAUUUAUACCUACUACAGUAACCUGGUAGAGAAGUCGUCCAGACUGGAGGUCAAAACACCUGCUGACCAACAGACAGAUGGCAAGAGGCAUCACAGUGGUCAGCUAGCCACGGCAGUAAUCUCAGCGACAGUGCGGGAUGUGCAGAGGGCAGAAAAUGUUCCUGUCUCUGUCCAGUACACUCUAUCCUCUGGGAUUAUGGCAGAGUAUUCCAAGGAAGUCACGCCCGUCUGCGUCUUUUGGAAUAUCGGAUUCAUGGCGGGUCAUACAAGUGCUUGGUCCAAUAAAGGGUGCAGAGUGUUGCCUUCGUCUCCUGAUGUCAUAUCCUGUUUUUGCAACCACACCACCAAUUUUGCUGUCCUCAUGAAUUAUAUGGAGCUCCGGAACUUCAUAAGGACUGAAUAUGAUCUCUCAUUGAUAUCUGGUGCCACUGUAUCACCAUCCAGUGCAUGGAGUGCUAAAGAGGAGAGCAUUUUGACGAAGCUGACGUUUAUCGGCUCCGGAGCCUCUCUCUGCGCGCUGGUGGUGACCUUGAUGCUGUUUACCGUGUUAGACAUCCCAAAAUCGGAUCGCACAUCAGUCCACAAGAAUCUUUUUGUGUCUCUGACUUGUGCUCAAAUUGUCCUUCUCUGCAGUGGUUCUGCUGUUCAUAAUAAGGUGGCCUGCAUGCUUGUGGCAGCUCUGAUGCAUUUGUUCUUCAUGGCAUCGUUCAGCUGGAUGCUGGUCGAGGGCCUGCUGCUCUGGAGCAAAGUAGUGAGCGUUAAUUUGAGCGAGGACCGCCACAUGAAAUACUACUACCUGAUUGGCUGGGGCCUGCCCGUGCUGAUCGUUACCAUCACGCUGGCCUCUGCCUCUGGGAAAUACUCAGCUGAUGGCCACUGCUGGCUCAGUGUUCAGAACGGUGUCAUAUGGGGCUUUGCAGGCCCAGUCAUCUUCAUUAUUAUGGUGAAUAUCAUGAUUCUGACUCGUGUGGUCCUGAUCACCAUCGCCACAGCCAAGAGAAGAUCUUUGAUGAUGAACAACAGCCCGGAAGAGCAAGUCUCUGAGCAGAUAAGUUUUAGGGCGGCAGUGAAAGCCGUGCUGGUUCUGUUGCCGAUCCUGGGCCUGACCUGGCUCUGUGGAGUCCUCGUGCCGUUCUCCAUGGUUAUCGCUUACAUCUUUAGCCUCCUGAACUCACUACAGGGUCUCUUCAUCUUCCUGAUAUAUGGAGUGUACAACACUGAGGUUCGAAACACAGUCAACAGAAUCAAAGAAAGAAGAAAAGCCCUAAAUUUCUCCAACUGCACCAGUUCCAGGCCCUCCAGCUCAGUGGGCAGUUCUCGGCCGGGCAGUUCUCCAGUGCCAGGUGUUUUGGAAGGGCACACCGUCACCACCAGCCACUCCAGUAGCUCCUCGACCAACAGCGACAACAUCACCCAGAGUUCCGACAAAAUGAGGCAUCUGUCCCUCCUCUGUGUCCAUGACAACCUGAAUGAAGACCUGCAAUGUCCUGACACUGGUGUCCACCUCUCUGGACAGGAGAACUUAAAGAAACCUAAAAACAGACUUCCAAACGAAUGCAGUCUGAAUGUACCCAUGGAGGCCGAACAAAUUUCACCUCUUCAGCAGAAUGCCGACAUGUGUCUUUAUUGAAACUUCUUUGCGUCUUGUAUUUUGGUAAAGUGCGGAUACUCUGUAAAAGAUAUCCUUAAUGUUUCAACAUAUUGUGUACAUGCUUUGCAAUUUAUCUCGAAGUAAACUACAAUCUAAAUAUGUUCAUUUGUGAAAAACUAACUUAAUACUUUGAAUGUUUUACUGAAGAUUUACUCUAUUUUGUACAGGUUUCAUCUUGAAUAAGCUAAAAUGAAUCUGAUGGCAGUUUAUUUCUUUUUACUUUGUCUUCACACUAUAAUGAGAGUGUAGCAGGAUCAGGUACGUGUUCUUCUGCGUAUGUUUUCUUGAAAUCUCAAACUCUUGAAUCUGAAUAGGAAUCUGAACAUUCUUGAAU